AUGAGUAGACCAGGUUCUAACUUGGAUCAAAACGAGACAGUAUACAACUGCGGAAGCUGUGCCAGACCCGAUCAUGACGAGAGCCAGAUGGUUUAUUGUGAGAGUUGUGAGCGCUGGUUUCAUUUCACCUGCCAACAAGUGACGUCCGAUGUGAAGGAUGAUGCUACCUGGGUGUGUAUUGAUUGUUCUGCGAGUGGUGGCAAUCCUAAUCCUCCUGAGCACACUGAUCCCGUUGAUGCAGAGCUUGCUGAAGAAGAAAAGGCCCUCACCCGAGAGAGGGAGCUCUUUCAGAAACAAAUGAAAAAAAGGAUGGAGCUGGCGAAAAUGAAGCUGAGGCUGGAAAAAGAAAAACGGGAAAUGGAGUGGGAAUUUGAAAAGCAGGAGAUGAAAAGGAGAAUUGCGGCAGAAGAAGAAUUUAAUCGAAAGCGACAGAUAGAAAGAGAUUGGAUGCAACGAAAAUUAGACAGCGUGAUUAAUGAACGGUCGGAAAUAGAAGGUAGAUUGAAGAAAAAAGAAUAUAAAGCAAUGUCUAAAACCGUAGAUGAGAGAUUGAGACUAACAGAAGCGACGUCUUCAGAAUUUAGCAUUGGGAAACCGAGCAGUUCAACGCCUUUAGAAGAUAGAACAGCGCAGAAUAUUAGAAAGUCAGAACAAACGAAUCAAAAACAUCAAGAGAAUGAUAGGGAAACACCUCGCCGUAAUCCUUCAGUAAAAACAAAAAAGGAUUUGUCGAAAGAAACUCAAAAGAAAAAAGUCGUAGUCCAGGUAGGCGGGGGCGCUAAUGACUCUAAAAGUAAACAUGCAGAGCAUGAUAGUGAUAACGGAUUGUCAACGGAAGAGAGGCAGACUGAAACUUGUGCUGAAGUGAUUAGCGAAAUUUCAGAUUCCGAAGAGGAAGAAAUUUGUUCUAAUAAAAGUUUAAACAUUGAAAUGGAACGACUAGAAAUAACACCGACAAAAGCGCAGUUGUCGGCCCGUCAAUUUCUCUCUAAACGGCUACCAACGUUCUCUGGAAAACCAGAAGAAUGGGUUAUGUUCAUAACGACCUACCAGACAACCACGAAAGCAUGUGGGUUUUCCAAUCUAGAAAACCUGGCAAGGUUACAGGAAUGUCUGAAAGGUCCGGCGCUAGAAGCCGUUUACACUCGUCUUCUUCUCCCGAGUUCGGUACCACGAAUCAUUGAAGAGCUUCGAGAACAAUUUGGACAACCUGAACAAGUUUUGGACACAUUGAUGGCGAAGAUACACGCUGUAGAUGCUCCCAAAGUCGAUAAACCAGCAUCUCUCAUUCACUUCGGCAGGUUAAUACAACAACUAUGUGAUCACCUCGAAGCAACAGAUCUCAAAGAUCACUUGAUUAAUCCAAUGCUUAUCAGACAACUAGCGAAAAAACUAUCACCAUCUACCAAAUUAGAUUGGAUCCGAUUUAAACGAAACGAAUGUAGCAAGGGCAUAAAAAUUACAUUAAGUACAUUUGCAGAAUUUCUUUCGGAAAUUGUGUCGGUGGCGACUGAAGCCGUGAAUAUUAUAGAUGGUCCAGCUGAUAACAGUCACAUCGAUAAAACAAGAAAAAUCAAACCGAAUGAACGCGAAGGCUUUUUACAUGCCCAUGGUGCAUCGGAAAAUGAAGGGACACAAAUGUUACAAAUGCAGAAUAGAAGACCAUGUUUGAUGUGUGGUGAAAUUAAUCACAGAUUACGUAACUGUCAAGAUUUCUGGAAGCUAAGUGUCUAUCAACGUUUGCAAGCUGUUGACGGAUGGGAGUUGUGUCGCAUAUGCUUGAAUGCUCACGGGAAUGCCCGUUGCAGAAUGAAUAUACGGUGCAGAGUAGCAAACUGUCAAGAAAGACACAAUACAUUAUUACACCAAGAAGAGUUGCAAUCUAAUUGCAAUAUGCAUAGCAUGCAAUUUCAACAACCGAUCAUUUUUCGAAUGAUUCCCGUAGUAUUAUCUCACGGAGACAAAUCAGUGAAUACAUUGGCAUUCCUCGAUGAAGGUUCUUCAUAUACUCUGAUAGAAAGCUCGUUAACAAAAUAUUUACAGUGUCCCGGUGUUACAUGGACAGCAGGAAUGACACGAUUAGAACGUUAUUCGCAGAAACUGGAUUUGUCUAUAUCUGCUCAGGGUUCAACCGAAAAAUUCUCAAUAAGAAACGCGCAUACUGUUGAAAAACUACAGUUACCCAUUCAAAGGCCACAGUUUGAUGACAUCAUGAAACGAUAUGAACAUUUAAGCGGUUUACCAGUGAUUAAUUAUCCAGAAGAAUCUCCAAGAAUUCUCAUUGGUUUGAAGGAUGUUUAUUUGUUUGCUCCAUUAGAAUCAAGAGUUGGAAAUCCUGGGGAACCAAUCGCGGUCAGAUCAAUAUUAGGCUGGACAAUAUAUGGUCCUGUGGCAAAUGAGCAGUCUCAGGCGAAUAUUGUAGGACAUCACUCAUGCACUGAAAUAUCCAAUCAAGAACUCCAUGACCUACUCAAAUUUCAAUAUACGUUGGAGGAAUCAGAUGUAUCUGUGGAAUUUAUUCCAGAAUCCGACGAUGUUCGUAGAGCGCGAGAAAUUAUGGAGAGAACCACUGUCCGAAUAGGGGAACGAUAUCAAACUGGACUGUUGUGGAAAGAGGAUGUUGUAGAGUUUCCCAACAGUUUCCCAAUGGCAAUGCGACGCAUGGAAGGGCUGAAGAGACGUUUAGCGAAAAAUCAAGAACUUUUAGAGAAUGUUAAACAACAGAUAGUAGAGUAUCAGAAUAAGGGAUACUGUCAUAAAGCAACUAAAAAGGAACUGACUGAAUCAGAUCCGAAACGUGUAUGGUACUUGCCACUCAAUGUUGUACUUAACCCCAAGAAGCCGGGUAAAGUGCGUCUUGUUUGGGACGCAGCAGCGGUUGUAGAAGGGAUUUCCCUAAACUCCAAGUUGCUUAAAGGUCCCGACUUCCUUACAUCACUGCCAUCGAUAAUCUGCAAGUUUCGUGAACACCUCAUCGGAUUUGGAGGAGAUAUCCGAGAGAUGUUUCACCAAAUUUAUAUUCGUCCAGAAGAUCGUCAAGCACAACGGUUUGUUUUUGAGAGUCAGAUCUAUGUUAUGGAUCGUGCAAUAUUUGGGGCUACAUGUUGUCCCAGUCAAGCAUUAUACGUAAAAGACACGAAUGCUAAAGAAUUUGCUUCAAUAUAUCCAGAGGCAUCAACAGCAGUAAUUAAUAAACAUUAUGUUGAUGACUAUUACGAUAGCGUGGAAACUGUAGACAAAGCGGUGAAACGAGCGAAAGAAGUAAGAGAAAUUCAUUCUAAGGCUGGUUACGAAAUUCGAAACUGGAUAUCGAACUCAACAGAAUUUAUGAAACAACUUGGAGAAAUAGAGACUAAUCGUUUGAUUCACUUUCAUUGUGACAAAGAAUCUGGUUUCGAACGCGUACUGGGCGUCGUUUGGGACAUAAAGGAACAUAUUUUUACAUUUUCCAUGCAGAUGAGAAGUGAUUUACAACCAUACCUCGUUGGAUUGAAGCAUCCGACGAAACGAAUUGUAUUGAGCUGUGUGAUGAGUCUUUUUGACCCUCUGGGCCUCCUCGCAGUUUUCACAAUUCACGGUCGAAUACUGAUACAGGAUUUGUGGCGGAGCGGCUGUGACUGGGAUGAAAUGAUUGAUGAGGAGUCUAUGCAAAAGUGGAAACGCUGGACGAGUUGUUUGAUCAUGGUGGAAUCAAUUAAAGUUCCUCGAUAUUACUUCGGAAAUGGAUGCGCUCUAGACACGAUCAAAAGUGGCACCUUUGAAAAAGCUCUCAAUUCCACGCUUGGAACUAAUGGUGGCAGUCCUUGGAGCUAG